GAUCAAACAUAAAAAUUUCAUGUACGUCAUAAAAGACUCUCCUCUGCCACUCAGUAAUGCCCACUUCUCUACCGCUUUCCAGUCUCCAUCACCUCCUACAUCACUCCAUGCCCAUCAAUCUCAUCUACUCACCAUUUCAUCCACACCUUCUCUAGCAUCUUGAGCUCAUCGGUUGAAUCUGAGCUUUCCAGGGUUAUUAUAAAGGGGGGUUUGGAGUCUUUACUCUGAGGGGUUUUGGUGGGUGACAAUGGCUGCAGCAUUGGCUGGGGAUGAUCUAGCAAGGUCCAUGAGCAGCAGGCGCAAAAGUUUAGCGUCUGGAAGUAGGCGAAGUUGGGCUUCUGCGAGUAUUCUUGAGGUGUUGUCAGCACAAGGUGAUGUUUUUCAGAGUAGGAGAGAGGAUGAUGAGGAAGAGUUGAAGUGGGCGGCCAUUGAAAGGCUUCCAACCUUUGAGCGGUUGAGGAAGGGGAUGCUUAAGCAAGUUUUGGAUGAUGGGAAGGUUGUCCAUGAAGAAGUUGACUUCACCAAUCUUGGUAUGCAGGAGAGGAAGCAUCUCAUAGAGAGUAUACUUAAGGUUGUUGAAGAAGAUAAUGAGAAGUUCCUUCUCAGGCUCAGGGAAAGGACUGAUAGGGUUGGGGUUGAGAUACCAAAAAUCGAAGUCCGGUUUGAGCAUUUAUCAGUGGAAGGAGACGCAUAUGUUGGAACCAGAGCACUUCCUACUCUGCUCAAUUCUACCAUGAACUUCAUAGAGGGAAUACUUGGACUGAUUAGGCUUUCCUCAUCCAAGAAAAGGGUAGUCAAGAUACUAAAAGAUGUGAGUGGGAUCGUGAAACCAUCAAGAAUGACCCUGCUUCUGGGACCUCCAGCCUCAGGGAAAACUACCCUGCUGCAGGCGCUUGCUGGGAAGAUGGACAAAGAUCUAAGGAUGGAAGGAAAAAUCACAUACUGUGGUCAUGAAUUAUCAGAGUUUGUUCCUCAGAGAACAUGUGCUUACAUUAGCCAGCAUGAUCUGCACCAUGGUGAGAUGACAGUUAGGGAAACGUUGGACUUCUCAGGACGAUGUUUGGGAGUUGGAACCAGAUAUGAACUACUAGCAGAAUUGUCAAGACGAGAAAAAGAAUCUGCAAUUAAGCCAGAUCCUGAGAUAGAUGCAUUCAUGAAAGCAACAGCAAUGGCAGGCCAAGAAACUAGUUUGGUUACAGAUUAUGUGCUCAAGAUGCUGGGAUUAGACAUCUGCGCUGACAUUGUGUUGGGAGAUGAUAUGAGAAGGGGCAUUUCUGGUGGAGAAAAGAAGCGUGUUACUACCGGAGAAAUGUUGGUUGGACCAGCAAAGGCUCUUUUCAUGGAUGAAAUAUCAACUGGUCUGGACAGUUCCACCACUUUUCAGAUUGUCAAGUUUAUGAGGCAGAUGGUUCAUAUCAUGGAAGUAACCAUGAUAAUCUCUCUUCUCCAACCUGCACCUGAAACUUAUGAUCUUUUUGAUGCCAUUAUCUUACUAUGUGAGGGUCAGAUUGUGUACCAAGGUCCCCGUGAAAACAUCCUUGAGUUCUUUGAAAGCGUGGGCUUCAAAUGCCCAAAAAGAAAAGGAGUUGCAGACUUCUUGCAAGAGGUGACUUCCAGAAAGGAACAAGAACAAUACUGGUUCAGACACAAUGAACCUUACAAAUAUAUCUCAGUGCCCGAGUUUGCACAACAUUUCAACUCUUUCCACAUUGGCCAGAAGCUUUCAGACGACCUUGGAAUCCCUUACAAUAAGAGCAGAACCCAUCCUGCAGCAUUGGUGACAGAAAAGUAUGGAAUCUCCAACUGGGAACUCUUCAAGGCAUGCUUUGCCAGGGAGUGGCUAUUGAUGAAGCGCAACUCUUUUAUAUACAUAUUCAAGACAACCCAGAUUACAAUCAUGUCAGUAAUUGCCAUGACAGUGUUCUUCAGAACAGAAAUGAAGCAUGGCCAACUGCAAGAUGGAGUAAAAUUCUAUGGGGCUCUGUUUUAUAGUCUCAUAAAUGUAAUGUUUAACGGAAUGGCAGAGCUUGCAUUGACUCUUUUCAGGCUCCCAGUGUUUUUUAAGCAGAGGGAUUUCUUGUUUUACCCGGCAUGGGCUUUUGCAUUACCAAUUUGGGUCCUUAGGAUCCCCUUGUCACUCAUGGAGUCAGGGAUAUGGAUCAUUCUCACGUAUUACACUAUUGGGUUUGCCCCUUCUGCUAGUAGGUUUUUCCGUCAAUUACUGGCAUUCUUUGGCGUGCAUCAGAUGGCUCUAUCUCUCUUCCGCUUCAUUGCAGCACUUGGAAGAACACAGAUUGUGGCCAACACUCUUGGUACCUUUACAUUGCUACUGGUUUUUGUUCUGGGUGGUUUCAUUGUAGCCAAAGAUGAUAUUGAACCAUGGAUGAUAUGGGGAUAUUAUGCUUCUCCAAUGACGUAUGGACAAAAUGCGCUUGUCAUCAAUGAAUUUCUUGAUGACAGAUGGAGUGCGCCCAACAUCGAUCAAAGAAUUCCAGAACCCACAGUUGGAAAAGCUCUUCUCAAGGCAAGAGGCAUGUUUGUGGAUGGCUAUUGGUAUUGGAUUUGUGUUGGUGCACUCAUGGGGUUUUCUCUGCUCUUCAAUAUCUGUUUCAUUGUAGCUCUGACAUAUUUGGACCCUCUGGGAGACUCAAAAUCUGUCAUUAUUGAUGAGGAAAAUGAAGAAAAGAGUGAGAAGCAGUUUUUCUCUAACAAACAGCAUGAUCUGACCACCCCAGAAAGAAAUUCAGCUACUGCCCCAAUGUCUGAAGGUAUUGAUAUGGAAGUAAGGAAAACUAGAGAAAGCACCAAAUCAGUUGUCAAAGAUGCAAAUCAUACACCUACUAAAAGGGGAAUGGUGUUGCCCUUCCAGCCCUUAUCACUUGCAUUUGAGCAUGUGAAUUACUAUGUUGAUAUGCCUGCUGGAAUGAAGAGCCAAGGAAUUGAAGCGGAUCGUCUCCAACUGCUGCGGGAUGCUAGUGGUGCUUUCAGGCCAGGUAUUCAAAUAGCAUUAGUUGGUGUUAGUGGUGCUGGAAAGACCACUUUGAUGGAUGUGUUAGCAGGAAGGAAAACUGGUGGAUACAUUGAAGGAAGUAUCAGUAUUUCUGGUUACCCCAAAAACCAAGCAACUUUCGCUCGUAUUAGUGGAUACUGUGAGCAGAAUGAUAUACAUUCUCCAAAUGUAACUGUUUAUGAAUCUCUUGUUUACUCUGCCUGGCUGCGCCUUGCUCCAGAUGUCAAGAAGGAAACAAGGCAGGUGUUUGUUGAGGAAGUAAUGGAAUUGGUUGAGCUUCACCCCCUGAGGGAUGCUUUGGUUGGCCUUCCCGGAAUACAUGGGCUUUCAACAGAACAGAGGAAGAGGCUGACAGUAGCUGUAGAAUUGGUUGCUAACCCCUCCAUCCUCUUCAUGGAUGAGCCAACGACAGGCCUUGAUGCUAGAGCAGCCGCAGUUGUUAUGCGUACUGUUAGAAACACAGUGGAUACAGGGCGGACUGUUGUCUGCACCAUUCACCAGCCAAGCAUAGACAUCUUUGAAGCUUUCGAUGAGCUACUGCUGAUGAAGAGAGGAGGACAAAUCAUUUAUGCUGGAGCUCUUGGUCGCAAUUCUCACAAGCUUGUAGAGUACUUUGAAGCUGUCCCGGGGGUUCCUAAAGUCAGAGAUGGUCAAAAUCCUGCUACAUGGAUGCUGGAGAUCAGCUCUGCUGCAGUUGAGGCUCAACUUGGUGUGGAUUUUGCAGAAAUUUAUGCUAAAUCUGAACUCUAUCAGAGGAAUCAGGAACUCAUCAAAGAGCUGAGCACACCAUCACCAGGAUCCAAAGACCUUUAUUUCCCCACCAAAUACUCUCAAAGCUUUAUUAGUCAAUGCAAGGCUUGCUUCUGGAAACAGCACUGGUCUUAUUGGAGGAAUCCUCCCUAUAAUGCUAUCCGGUUCUUCUUGACCAUAAUUAUUGGUGUUCUAUUUGGAGUAAUUUUCUGGAACAAAGGAGAGAAGACAGACAAGGAACAAGAUCUAAUAAAUCUGCUGGGAGCUAUGUUUUCAGCUGUCUUCUUCCUUGGAGCCACCAACACUUCCUCAGUGCAGCCUGUUGUGGCAAUUGAGAGAACAGUCUUCUACCGUGAAAGGGCAGCUGGGAUGUAUUCAGCAUUGCCUUACGCAUUUGCCCAGGUGGCCAUAGAGGCAAUUUACGUUGCAAUCCAAACUUUGGUUUACAGUCUUCUCCUCUACUCUAUGAUGGGAUUCUACUGGCGAGUGGACAAGUUCUUAUGGUUCUACUACUACCUACUCAUGUGCUUUAUUUACUUCACAUUGUAUGGAAUGAUGAUCGUGGCACUCACUCCCAACCAUCAAAUUGCUGCCAUUGUUAUGUCGUUUUUCCUAAGCUUUUGGAAUCUCUUCGCUGGUUUUCUCAUCCCUAGGAUGCAAAUACCAAUAUGGUGGAGGUGGUACUACUGGGCUUCCCCUGUUUCUUGGACCAUCUACGGACUAGUGACAUCUCAGGUGGGCGACAAGGAGGAUCCGGUUCAGGUACCUGGAGCAGGUGUCAAGUCAGUGAAGCUGUAUCUUAAGGAGGCUUUAGGCUUUGAAUAUGAUUUCCUGGGAGCGGUUGCGUUGGCUCAUAUUGGUUGGGUCCUCCUCUUCUUGUUCGUCUUUGCCUAUGGCAUUAAGUUCCUUAACUUCCAAAGGAGGUAAAGGAAAGUCUCAGAAAAUGAUUGUUUCUUCUUCAUUUGCAUACACAAGUAUGUGUGAUUUACAGAUGACGGAAUGAGAAGUGGCUGCCUUGUAUUUAUCUUGAAUUUUGUAAAUUUGAAGAGCUUAUCAUUUGUUAUUUUUCUUAA